UUGAUCAAUUAAAAACCAUUAUUUUAAUUUGUUUUUUAUAAUUUAAUUAACAGUCUUUGUGCAUAGCUUAAUAAUUUCGAAAAAUGAGUGGAGAAAAUGUAAAUGUUUAUAUGUCGGAUAAUAUCCCGGCGUUGGAUGUAAUAGCCUUGGAUCCUGUCAAGAAUUUGAAACCGAAAGGCGACAAGUUGAUCGGCCUAGCCAAAAAGCUCCUAAAUGAGUUCAACGAGUCCCAAAACGACCAAGAAAAAGCUUACAUUGUAGGCAAACGAUACUUGUUUAUGCUGAACCAGAUGUUCAAAACUUCUGAUGACAAGAAGUACAUGGAGAUAAGAUACAGGACUGAAUAUAAUAAGGUAGAAACCAAAGUAGCUGAACUUAAGGACACUUUAAAAAAGUACUACGAUGAUAUGUCUAAAUUAAGGGAACAAGCAAUACAGAACUUGAAGGUUAUGGAUCACAAGGAGCCAAAACAAACUCCAAAACUAAAAGUUGUAGGAAAUUACAUUACAUGCAAAGACCUGUAUGAAGCAAUUGAAGGCAAAACCACUAAAAUGCUUUUGAUUGAUAUAAGACCUGAACUUGAAUACAACAACUCUAGCAUUUAUUGCAAUUGCUCCAUAAACAUUCCUGAUCAUGUUAUAUCUGCAGGUUUAUCUGCCAACACUCUGGGAGAAAAAUUGUCCCCGGAAGUAAAAGAGAUUUGGGAUAAAAGGGAUACUUACGAUAUCCUUAUAUUGAUGGACAGAAAUUCCAGCUCUGGAACAAUUUGUUCCUCAAAAUUGGAGAUGUUGAAGUCCUGCAUGGUCGAGUGGGAUUUCAAUCGUCAUUACAAGCGACCUCCUGUAUACUUGAGUGGGGGUUUUAGGGAGUUUUUGGAGACAUAUCCGACAUCGGUAACCAAUGCGCACGCCCUUCUAUCCCACAAAAACGACGAGCUGGACGAGUUGCUCGAAAUUGACACGGUCAUCUACCCGAAUUACAGCGAAGGUAGCCCUCAGGAGCCCCCGAAAAGAAGCCCAGAUGAAUCUUGUGCGAUGAAGCAACUCAUCGAGGACACUCUGAUUGAUAUGAUCUAUGAAGAUGGGGAUAAAGAGGAGUCGGAGGAUUCCUACAGCGAAUCUGUCGAGGAGCCGAAACCCAAACCUCCAUCGCCACCUCCACCUGCGGAAAGCAAUGAGGAUCAAAUUAAAAACGCCAUGGAGGAGGAACGGUUGAAGAUGUUGGAAGAGGCGCGUUCCAAAAAGCCUAGGGUUGGGAAUAAUACGAAUAGUAGCGUUAAAGUCGAGCCUAUGCCGGUGUACCCGCCCACAGCGCCUACAGUCAAUAGAAAAAGCAAGCCCAAAACUGUCGAGAAGGUAACAGGGCGCACUGGCUUGAGAAACAUAAGAAAUACGUGCUACCUCAACACCGUGCUGCAGUGUUUCCGCUUGAUCCCGGUCAUAAAAACCUUAUUCACCGCCAAGAGAUACUACAAGUACGUCACAUGCGAUCCGCCGUCGUUGAUAUUCGAACUUGGUUUAGUUGUCGAGCAGCUUUGGAGCAACGACGGCGGCUAUUUGGUGCCCAACGAGUUCUACAACAAGUUGUGCUACUUGGAGCCGAACUUCGCCCAAGGCAACCACGAGGACUGCAUGGAGUUCUUCCUGGUGCUAUUCAACGCGAUCCAUAACGAUUGCACGGUUCCCAUGGAGCGACCCGACGUCCUCACGCCGAAAUUAGAGGCGAAAAUGUGCCAGCUGUCCGGCAAAACGUCCGUGUUCGUGGACUUGUUCUACCACCAAGUGAGGGACUAUCGCUACUGCACCAACUGCAAAUCCACUUCGUUCAACUUCGAGGUCGACAGCACCCUCAUGCUACCCAUACCGAACUCCAAAUCGCAUCUCGGCAACCUCGUCACCGACUACUUCAAAGACUAUUUGAUCAGCGACUUUUGCUGCUCGAAGUGCAAGAAGGGCGUGAGGAACGCGCGCGACCUCGUCGACACCCCGCGCAUCCUCGUCUGCGUUCUCAAGCGCUACGUCCAAAAUUCCAACGGGAUCCUCAUGAAAAACGAUUCGGAAGUUUACUUCGACGAAGUCAUCAAGCUUAAAAGCGCCAUUUACAGGCUCUAUUCCUUUGCCAUGCAUCAGGGCACCUUGAAGGCCGGACACUACACCGCCGGAGGAUACAUCAAUAAGACGUGGUACGAAUUCAACGAUGAAUACGUGAGACGUUUGGACAUCCAAACUGAGGACGUAAGACAACGUGUUUGCGCGUUGUUUUACAAUCAAGAAAACUAAAACUCAUUGUGAUAAAAAAAAACAUGCAAAAAAUGCUUUAAUAUUUUGUUAUUAUAUUUGUUAGUCAUAUAUUUUUAUAUAACUAUUUAUUUUUUCUAAAGUAGUCCAAACUAUUUUAAUACCGC